ACUGUACUUGUAUUCGCGGUCAUCGCGCUUUAAUAGGUCAUACGAUUAUAAAAUCUUUCACGCUCGCGUCCACGUACGUGAUUUAUCGCGAUUUAUGAGGCCCCUUCCGGUCAUGGAAGCCUCCAUUCAAGGGAGAGUACCGCUACCAGGCAACAUGUACAAAGCCGUUGACGAAAGGCUUCGUCAAAGGGUGGCGCCAAAGUAGGAAUUAGUUCAUUAGACCCUUGGCACUCGAAUCUUCGGUACUCCGAUUUUUUUAAUUGUCAAAUCAGUCUCAAAUACGAUGUCAGUCGCAACUCCAAAGAUUACGAUUCGCUUAGAUGCAAUAUGGUGUUUUGCAAACAUAUAUAUGUAUAUAUAACAGAUAUAUCAUUUAACAAGUGGUUUGAAGUAAACUAGAGGCAGGUUGGUGAAGCCGAUGCGGACUUUCUAAACGCCCUGUAUACGAACGACUUCCCCACCGAUGGUAGGGGGACCGCAGGUCUCGCUCUCUCUCGAACGUACUGGCCCCAUCCGUGUGUUCGAGACUUACAAUGGCCGCCGUGUGAGUCGACGUGCUGCGUGCCUUAAGUAUUAAUCGUCCUCAAUUUUCCCGACUUAAUUUGCCGGCUGAGAAACGCCUACGAAAAAAAAAGAUGCAUGACGCCCCGUCGCGAUGGUACCAUUCGACGCGAGUCCGUGCGGCGGCGAACUCCGAUCGGCGUCCUGACAAACCAUCAUCACCAUCAUCAUCAACAUCAUCACCAUCGCCGUCGCGUGUGUUGACGCUUCUCGACGAAAACACAGUGGUCGGCAGGACGCGACCGAUCGCGUCCCGGCGCAUCACGUUGUCGCGAAACGGUUGUUAAACUCCCACGAGGACAACCCGAUAAUCGAAGAUAAUCGAAGCGAACGUUUUCAUGUUGCGUUCGAUAUUUGUGUUAUUUUGAUAUUCAGUGUUGUUAAAUAUUUAUUCAUUCAGACUGUAAGUGUACGCAAUGUUGUUACGUGUAUGCUGCUUCGCUUGAAGAAGGUAGCGACUUGGCAAAUACACACCGCUAUGGCAGUCGCGUGUACGACUGUUCGAAAAUUGGCAAUAUUGAUGUAUGUAUGAUUCGACUACGGGUCUCGAAGAAGAAGACACGAUGGCAACGGAGAUAGAGGAAACUCCGGUGGGGUCUCCUUGGUACGGCAAGGUUUUCGAGUGCUGGAGGAAUCGGAAUCGAGUCAGUCCCGGCAGAAUCGAGCUGCCCGACUGUGAUUUUUUUAUCGUGGCACCGCGACGCACUCUGCGCGUUCUCCGACCGACUCUGAAGAGCGGCUGGUACUACGAGAGUUCGGCGGUCGACCGGCCGGAGUCGAUCAACGACAACUUCUUCAAUCGAUGGGCCAGGAGGCCGCAUCCGUCCGGAAACUGCAGGUGCUCCUUCCGCCAGUCCGCCAGCGCGUUGAGCACCACCGAAGAGCGAAUAAUAUCCGCGGAAUUGAAUCGCAUUCGGACGAGCCUCUGCGAGGCCGAGAAGAGCGCGUGUGGCAUCGAGGAACUGGAGCAAAGGGUCUCUAUGAAUUUGCAAAAGUUACGGGACAAUUCGGAACUCGAUCGCGCGAACGAGAUGACGGUGUCUUCGGCAUUAAUAAGCGAUCGCCAACCGUUCGAGCAGAGUGCGAAGCAACAAAUCGUCAAGGAUUUGGAAAGGUAUAUCAAUACACUUCUGGAAGAGGUACUUGAUGAUACCGUCAAGCAUAUAACUAACGUGGAAAAAAAUAGUGCUCAACAACCUUGGCAGCAAGCGGAAAAUAAUUUGAUGAAAUCGCAGCCCGACAAAUCCAAAGACAAAAUUUCGAUAAAGAAGGACGAAGAUGACUCCUUUAUCGAUAUCAAUUCCCACCUGCCAGCGGAUAAGAUGCAGAAACAAUGGACUACGGAAAAUGAGUGUAAAAGCCGUAAACGGCAAUUUGCCGGAGUUUCGAUAGGCGAGGGUUACGUGAAUCCCGCUUUCGUAGGUUCGACUGAUGAACUAGCUUUUCUAGAUUUCGAUUGUUCUGCAAGAAAACACAGCUUGUACCUUGGAAUACCGACGGAAAGCAAUCCUUCGGAAAAAUUGGAUUGCGUGGAUUCCGGAAUAAAUAGCGUAGAGACUAUCGAGUUUCAGCUACCUGAUCAAGAGCUCAGCUUUGAGCAGUCCCUCUUGCAAAUCAUCGACGAAAAGUUGGGAAGAGGUCCUUCGAUCAAUAACCUGGAGGAGGAUAGUCUCGAGAAAAAUUCGCAAAAAAUACUUUCAGUUGGGGGAGAACAGAAAAUUGACUCUCAGGAGAUUGAAUUAACUUCGUCUAAACUUGAGACGUCGUCGGCUGAUCGCGACUGGAAAGUGGAGUCACUGGAAGAUCCCGUCAAUAAGAAUUUCGAGAAACUACGCCUAGAGUUCCAAAGCAACAACAAAGCCUCGUCUCCGAACGACGAAACCCUAUCAAAGAUCGAUGUCAAAUUAACGGAGAGUUCUCCUAUCGAGCUUGAAGAUUACAGAAACUGGCUAAAGUUCGACGAAAUCUCUUCGCAGGAAAAUAUGGGAGAAGUUCUCUACGAUUCGGUAACGCUUCGAAAGAAUAGAAAACCAACCAUAGUCUUUCUUCACGGUUUUGGUUCCUCGGCGGAAAUUUUCGAGCCACAGUUGCAGUAUUUCUCUUCCCGCGGCUACCCCUGCAUCGCUCCCGACAUGCUCGGGCAUGGUAUGAGCUCAGCGCCAGGACGUUCUAGAGAUUAUCAUUUCGGCAAGUUGCUCAAAGAUCUCGACGCUAUUCUACACCAUUACGCUUUUAAACCUGGGGAGAAGUGUAUCUUAGUCGCGCAUAAUUACGGGUGUAGCUUUGCUACAGCGUUAGCUGGUAAAUACGACAGCAAUAUCCAUCAACUCGUGUUAAUAUCGGGCGGUGGUCCGACCCCUCUUGCUCCACCGAGCACAGAAUGCGCGGGUCAUUGCUGUCUCAGGGCGAUCCUUGCGCCUUUACUAAUGUGCGGUUUUCAUCGAGAUAUUCUCUAUUCUGCACGAGGCCGACAGCAUCCUUAUUGCGGUCAAGAACCGAUGGAACAGUGGCCUUCGCACAUGAAAUAUGUAUUGAACGGAAUGAACUGGCCGGAGGGUGAUUACGCUUUUCACAGGAAAAUAUGCACACCAACCCUUCUAGUGCAUGGACUAAGAGACAACAAGGUGUCGCUGGUACAAGAAUGUCAAAUGGAGAGAACAAUGGUGAAGGCUUUCCUCGAAGCUAUUCCAAUGGCAAGUCAUAGUCCGAUGGCUGAAUGCCCCCAACAACUGAAUCACAUGAUACAUUGUUUUAUAGAUUUGUGGAAGAACAAGAAAUGGGAGUAGUAAUAUUCUGAUUCUAGAAAUAAUGUGCGCUUAAAUACUGUAUUAUAUCAAAAUUGCAUCGACUCAAAUUACUUAGGAAUUAAUUCAAUUAUCUCAAUCAGAUAUAAUAUUUAAUUGAAAGAAGUAAGAUUAUAGAUGUUAUAAUUUAUAGAGACUCAAUCGGAUUAAAUAAUAAGAUAAAUCAACGAAGUUCGUGGCCUCGUAAAAAUGUGCCAAGUUUUGUACAGAUAUGUAGAAAAAAAUGUACAUAUAAAAUAAAUACAAGACGUCUCUUGGUAGAUCACUUAAAAUAACUUUUGAUAUACUUUGAAAUUUCGUUCUUUUUGAUACUUGAUAUGUAUCAUCAAGUAUAAAAUGCAUUCAAUUAUUUUUUUAAUUUUAAUCUUUAAUAUGGGAAUUCUCAUCACCAAUAUAAAUAUGAUAAAUAAAUUAUAGACAAAACAUUGCUUUUUUAUUUCAUGAAACGGAUAAGUUAAUUUAAAAAUUAGUUCAUUUUUUGGUGCAUUAUACGCUAGAUAAAAGUUAUUCUAAGUGAUCUAGCAAAUACUAACAGAGGCUAUGGAAUAGCACAUAGAAUUUGCCAAAGAUGAUUUAUAUGUCGUUAUUUUUCAUAUAGUACUUUUUAAUAUAAGAGUCAUGUUUUACAAAUAAAAUUGUAUACAGAUGA